AUACUCGUUCUCUUGUGGAUAGCUAUUGCACGCUUCACAAUAACAACAAUGGCGAUCCGUUCAAUCAUCCUCUCCUCAUUAUUCGCUCUCAUAUCGACAAUGUCUUUGUUGGCUCUCGCGGAGGCCGGCGGCGAUAGUGACGACAUUUUGAUCCGUCAAGUCGUCGGGGACGAAGACUGCCCGCUGAAUGCCGACCACCAAUUCACCUUUUUCAAAAAGCGGUUCGGAAAGGCGUACGCCUCCAAGGAAGAGCACGAUUACAGACUCUCGGUGUUCAAGGCUAACAUGCGCCGUGCAAAGCGCCACCAGCAGCUCGACCCCUCUGCCGUCCACGGUGUCACUAGGUUCUCCGAUUUGACUCCAUCCGAAUUCCGGCAAAACUUUCUCGGAAUGAACCGCCGGCUCAGGUUCCCGGCUGAUGCUCAUACAGCUCCUGCCCUUCCCACCGACAAUCUCCCGUCAGAUUUCGAUUGGAGAGAACACGGUGCUGUUACUCCUGUAAAGAAUCAGGGGUCGUGCGGGUCAUGCUGGUCAUUCAGCACCACUGGAGCAUUGGAGGGAGCCAACUUUCUUGCCACUAGGAAGCUUGUGAGCCUUAGUGAGCAGCAGCUUGUUGAUUGUGAUCACGAGUGUGAUCCUGAAGAACCUGGUUCUUGUGACUCUGGAUGCAAUGGUGGGCUAAUGAACAGUGCAUUUGAAUACGCAUUGAAAACUGGUGGACUGAUGAGAGAAGAGGACUAUCCCUACACAGGCAAUGAUGUUCAAGCCUGCAAGUUUGAUAAGACCAAGAUUGCUGCUAAGGUAGCCAACUUCAGUGUUGUUUCCCUUGACGAAGAGCAAAUUGCAGCUAAUCUUGUCAAAAAUGGUCCCCUUGCAGUGGCAAUCAAUGCGGUGUACAUGCAGACAUACGUGAGCGGAGUGUCGUGCCCGUACAUAUGCUCCAAGAGGCUGGACCAUGGUGUCCUGUUGGUUGGAUACGGUGCAUCGGGCUUCGCUCCGGUUCGGGCGAAAGAAAAACCAUAUUGGAUUAUCAAGAACUCUUGGGGCGAGCAUUGGGGAGAAGAAGGGUACUACAAAGUCUGCAGGGGUAGCAAUAUAUGUGGAGUCGACUCCAUGGUUUCAACUGUUGCCGCUGUUAGCACUUAGCACCACCGAUACCUCGGACUAGCCUCAUAAAUCCUACGUAGUACAUUCAUACGUAGUAUCAAAGUACUUCUGUAAAUUAAGGAUACAAGUGUGUAUGAAGCUGUAAGUUUCAUUAAUCAAUAUUUCUCAAUUUAGUUUAAAGCACAACUUGUCAUGCAAUUAUUUGCUUUUUAAAAUGUAUCUCUAUUUAAUUUGUGAUUAUGGGUUAUGGAAUUUCUACUCUAGUUAAAUCAUGUACUCCCUCCGUUCCAAAAUGAACUUCCAAAAAGAUGGCUAAUAUCAGGAACACGUCCAAAAAGUAAUUCAAAAGGCGUUUUUCCUUGAAUUACUCGAGAAGGAGUUCGGUUAAUCAAAUAUGCUGCUGUAAGUACACAUUCUCCCCAAAAAUCAAUAGGAAGAUGACCUUGAAACCUUAAUGCACGAGCAAUGUUGAGAAUAUGAUGGUGCUUUCUUUCUACCCUUGCAUUCUGUUGAGGAGUCCUUACCAUGGAUGUUUGAUGGAUUAUUCCAUGUUCCUCAAAAUAUUUAUUCAACUUUCUAAAUUCCG